AUGGCUGGAAGAGCGACAGCCGCUACAGGAUCUGCACCUGCAAAGGUCGCAUUAAUCACGGGUGCCUCGUCUGGUAUCGGAAAGGUAUCAGCCAUUGCACUCGCCAAAGCCGGAUGGUCCGUGGUCCUGGCAGCUCGGCGACGCGAAGAACUAUAUGAAGCCGCUUCAGACUGUCAGAAAUAUGGAGGACAAGUAUUGGCUUUGGUCUGUGAUAUCGCACAGGAAGAAGAGGUGAAGAAUCUAUUCGCUGCCAUUGCACAGCAGUUCGGUCGUCUGGAUGUGCUGUUUAACAAUGCUGGCACCGGGGCACCUCCACUGCCAAUAGAAGACCUGACUCUUGCUCAGUUCCAGCAGGUCAUCAACGUCAACUUGACGGGCGCAUGGCUCUGCACACAGGAGGCAGUGAGGAUGAUGAAAGGGCAGGUGCCAAGGGGAGGAAGGAUAAUCAAUAAUGGGAGUAUCAGUGCUUAUGCACCGCGCCCAAAUUCCUCCCCGUAUACCAUGUCCAAGCAUGCAAUACUUGGCCUUACCAAGUGCACUUCGUUAGACGGGAGGAAGUACAAUAUCGUUUGCACGCAGAUCGAUAUCGGUAACGCGGACACAUCGCUGGGCGGGAGAAUGCAAUACGGUGUACCGCAAGCCGAUGGUUCUGUCAAAUCUGAGAAUGUAUACGACCCACGCCAUGUGGCAGAUGCUGUUGUUUAUAUUUCUAAUCUGCCACUGAAUGUGACAGUAUUGACAAUGAACAUCAUGGCUUCCGAUAUGCCAUUUGUGGGAAGAGGCUGAGUAAUCAUGCCCGCUCGAUUAGCACUGACCAAUCCUGUCGCUGUUGUAUCAAACAAUCAGGUAUCCAUUGUAACGCAUUCAUGUCAAUCUA